CCGGCGCCUCCCGGUCCCGCUCGGGCAUUUCCGCGCGCCGCUGCCGGAGCCGGUUCUGGGCUGGGACCGGCGCCUGUCCCGGGACUCGUUCGCCACCGGAGCGUCCCCAGAGCGUUCCCGCCGGGUCCCCAGUGAGCAUGGCGUUCCGCCAGCUUCUGGAGGCUCUGGUGACCGUGGUGGCCACCCUGGGCGAGGUGGCGGCCACCGUGACCGGGUCACACAGGGGCGUGCGGCGGCGCGUGUCCCCAAAGUUCCUGCCCGCGGCCCUGAGGAGAUUCACCCAGAGCCUCCGUGAGACCCUGGACCACGGCGAUGUCACCUCCCUGGGUCACCGUGGUGUCCUCUCCCUGGGCCGGGCUCUGGCCGCCCUCGGGGCCACCCCUGGGACCACCCGGGACGAUGUGAGAGCCGCGGCCAGGGCCUGGCGGGAGUUGGUGGCCGCACUCGGGAAGCGCUGGGAGCAGCUGAAAGAGGAGGCCGCCGAGCUGUGCAACACCUGCUGGGACGCGGCCCCCUCCCGGGCCAGGGACCUGUGGUUCGAGGCUACCUUCUGUAAAACGGUUUGGGACAACCUGGAGGCCACAGCCUGGUGGCCCCCGGUGACCCUGUGCAAUGACGAGGGGGCCUCGGCAGGGGCCGUGCAUGAUGCCCAGGUGGCAGCGGCCAGCAGCGAGGAGGAGGCGGCCACCAGUGAGGAAGAGGAAGCUACCAGCGAGACCAUGGACGAGGCUGUGGUGGCCACCAUUGAGGAAGAGGAAGCUACCAGCGAGACCAUGGACGAGGCUGUGGUGGCCACCAUUGAGGAAGAGGAAGCUACCAGCGAGACCAUGGACGAGGCUGUGGUGGCCACGAGCCAGGCGAGGGCAGCUACCAGGACGGUACAUUGGGCAGUGGUGGCCUUGGGGCCACUGAAGCGCUUGGUGGACGUGUUUGGCAAAGCCGUCGAGUUCACCUGGGUCAUGCAUUACCAGCUCGAGGAGAUCGAGGACGCCCUGCAGUGGACAGAGGAGUUGUUCCCUGAUGUCCUUGAGGACUUGGUGGCCGAGGCGGCCAAGUUUGAGCGGCUGUGGGAUGCCAGCGCUCACCUGGCCUCGCAUCACCUGCUGCCCACACUGUGGGAUAUCCAUGCCCUCCUCUUGAGUCCCUAUGGUGGCCCUGGUGGCCCCAGUGGCCCGGGUGGCCCUGGUAGCCGCGCAGUGGACGAACGGUGCCAAAAAGCCAUUGAGGACAUCCCGAAGCUGCUGCAGGGAUAGUGAUGUCACUGCUGUGUUGUCAUCAGUGCAGUGAUGUCACUGGAGAGACUUGUGGACACUUGAGUGCCACCAGCUCCUUGAGUGCCACCAGUGCCUCGUGUCCCCAAGAGCCCCUCAAGUGCCACCAGUGCCUUGUGUCACCAAGAACCCCUCAAGUGCCACCAGCUCCCUGAGUGCCACCAGCUCCUUAUGUUACCAAGAGCCCCCCGAGUGUCACCAGGACUGGCCCAGCCCCCGUGUGCUGGGUCCCUGGUGUCACCGGGGUCUCUUUCUGUGUCUCAUGCUGCCCUCGGACACCCACCGGGACCCCACUGAGCACCGGGACCCCCCUCAGGACCCCCCCUCAGGACCCUGGAGUUUCCCCUCCUCAUGCACCGGCACCACCGGACCCCCAGAGGAGCUGGGACCACUGGAGAUCUCCCCAGAUCACGGAGCACCAGGACCCCCCUCGUGCACCAGCACCAGGACUGGACCCUCCUCGAGCACCGUGACCCCCCUGUGCAUUGACCCCCCCUCACUGAGCACCGGGACUGGACUGGAGCCCCCCUCGAACCCUGGGACCUUCCCCUGGGCACCGGGACCCCCCUGGGCCGCACCACCCCCGAGCACCAGCACAGGGACCGGACCCCCUCUCGUGUACCAACCCCCCAAGCACAGGGACCGGACCCCCCUUUGUGUCCCCCACCCAUCACGGGGGUUCUGACCCCUCCCCUUUGACCCCCCUGGAGCCACGGGACCCCUGGGAACAGCACCUGGACUGGGGGGGGAGCCCUGGAGAGCUACUGGGGGGGCUCUGAGCACUGGGGGGACACAGGGGGGUCCCCAGCACUGGGGGGUCCCUUGGGGCUUGGUCCUGUUCCCCCCCGGGACCCGCCUGUGAAAAACAGGGGUCAGAAUUGAAAUUUUUAUAAAAGUUUGUUAAGGGAUAAAAUCCUGGUGCUAAUUGCCAAAAGGUCCCUGUUAAUUAAGCCAUGUUCUUUACGUCCUGUUACAUCAUGGAGGUUCAUGCAUAUUCAUGAGGGCUUAUGCAUAUUCAUAAUAUAUUAUUGAUCUAAAUAUAUAUAUAUAUAUGAGUAAUAAAAUACAAAUGUAAUAUAUAUUUUAUAAAAAUAUUUUACAAUAAUAUAUUUUAUACCAACAGAAUUUAUAUUUAUAUAUAUUUAUAUAUUAAUUUAUAUUAUCUAAAAUUAAUAUUUUUAUAUAUAAAUAUACAAAUAUUUUUCUAUGUUCUGUAUGAAUUAUUUUCAAACAUUUCUGUGAGUUCAGAUGUUCUUUUGUUUGGUUUUAACCCUUGACUUGCCUCCACGCCAUCUUUGCAUUAAACCAAUUUAUUUUAUUUCUC